AUGGCCGAGCUUGAAACUUUUAACAUGCCAGGAACAGUAAUCGUUAAUCUUCCAAAUAACCUCAGCCUUAAUCUAAAACUUCCAAAAAGAGUUGAUGAAGAAUCCAUAUUUCAAGCCUAUCUAGUACCUAGAUUCAAAGAAUUAUAG